UAAAGCACAAGAGGAAGGUGUUGUCAUCUAUUGGAGUUCAGCUAGCUUUAAACAUUCAGGAAUAUGUAUCCACCUUUCUCAGUUUGAGGUCGUAAACUUAAAGAGUAAAUCUGGAGGAGGCCGUCGCAUUGCUGGAGCUAUAUUUAGUUGUCAUGAUAAUUUCAUUCUCCUGGGCGAUUUAUUUUAUAUUUGUGUCGAAACCGUUGUUAGGGAAAACUUAGCUAAUCUGAUGUUACCAAUGGUUCGAUGACACCGACCGAGGCUCGAGAGUUGAAGCGAACAUCAUUCAACUUGUUGAACCGCUGAAGCAGCAGGAUGGAUUUUUCUAAAUUCCUGGAUGAUGACUUCGACGUGAAGGACUGGGUGAAUGGCGCCUUCAAAGUGGUGCAGAAGGACGCUCCGGGGAAGGCGGACAGCCACGCAGCAACACUGGUCAUGAAGCUGCAGCUGUUCAUUCAGGAAGUCAACAAUGCCAUCGAAGAAAGCAGCAAUCAGGCCCUUCAAAAUAUGCCCCGAGUGCUGCGAGACGUGGAGGCCCUGAAGCAGGAGGCCUCUUUUCUAAAGGAGCAAAUGGUCCUGGUGAAGGAGGACAUCAAGAAGUUUGAACAGGACACCGUGCAGUCCAUGCAGGUCUUGGUGGAAAUAGAUGAGGUGAAGAGUCGAAUGCAGCUGGCAGCAGAGGCUCUGCAGGAGGCAGACAAGUGGAGCACCCUGAGCGCAGACAUUGAAGAGACCUUCAAAACACAGGAUCUUGCUGUGAUUUCUUCCAAACUGACCAGCAUGCAGAACAGCUUGGCCAUGCUGGUCGACACGCCAGACUAUUCUGAAAAGUGCGUCCACCUCGAGGCUCUGAAAAACAGGCUGGAAGCCAUGGCCAGUCCUCAGAUAGUGUCAACCUUUAACUCCAUGUCUAUAGACCAAGCCAAGCUCUUUGUAAAAGUCUUCACAGAGAUAGACAGAAUGCCCCAGCUUCUUGCCUACUACUACAAGUGUCACAAAGGCCAGUUGGUGAGCAUCUGGCAGGAUCUCUCUCAGAGCGAGCUCAGUCUCAACCAGCAGCUGUCAGAAUUCUAUGACACCUUACUGUCUGCUUGGCACGCCCAGCUGCAGUGGAGCAGCCAGAACGAAGUCCAGGGGCUGACCUGUCACUCGAUGCUGACCCGCGAUGUCCACCGGCCACAGGUGUUUAAGAACCCCUAUGAGGUGGUGACAGUGCUGCUGAUCCAGACCUUGGGGGCCAUGGUGCCCUCCAUUCCCGUGUGCCUGGGCACAGUCAUGGAGCGGGCAGUCCAGGAGCAGCGCCUGGACACUCUGCUUGAGCUUCACCACACCGCAUCCACCUUUGGACACAGCCUGGAGGCCGCCAUGCUUCCACACCUGGGUGAUAAUAACCUCCUUAAGGUGAAUGAGCUGGUGUGCGCGCUGUACGAUCCCUACAAAUCUUAUCAGCUACAGUACGGAGACCUGGAGGAAGCCCACCUACUCAUUCAGAUCAGCGCCAUUCCUUUGGAGCACGGCGAGGUCAUCGAUUGUGUAGAAGAGCUGAGCCACUCUGUGGGCAAGUUGUUCGGUCUGGCCGGUGCUGCUAUGGAGCACUGUGUCAGGCUGACGGACGGGCUCGGAGUGUGUGGACUCCUCAAGGCUCUCAGAGCUCUCUUCACUAAGUAUGUGUCAGACUUCUCUACAACACUACAGUCAAUAAGGAAGAAGUGCAAACUUGAGGAUAUGCCAAGUCAAGCUGUUUUCCAGGAGGACUGGACGGCCUUCCAGAACUCAGUCAGGAUCAUUGCCACGUGUGGGGAGCUGCUCAGGCAGUGCGGAGCCUUUGAGCAGCAGCUGUCAAACAAGAUUUUGGGAACAGCGGGGAAGUACUUAUCGGAGUCCUACAGCCCACGCAGCCUGGCGGGCAUCCAGGAAGCCAGCUCCACGGAGAGGAAGAGCGGCGCGAAAAACCCCUGGCAGGACUACAACUACCUCCAGAGGGGAAACGUGGCCGAGUACAACAACCUGAUGGAGCUGCUCUACUCGUUAAAGGAGAAGGGCACAGGCAACUCCAGCCUGUUAGCUGAGCCCCGAACGGCCCUGACCAGACUCAAUCAGCAAGCCAACCAGCUGGCCUUCGACUCUGUCUUCCUGCAGAUCAAACACCAGCUCUGUCUUGUCUCCAAGAUGGAGAGUCAAGAGGCGGCUGGCAUUGGAGAGGGCUACACCGAAGACCUACCCACAUUCAGCCUGUCACCACAAGAGUACAUCACAAAUAUAGGGCAGUACCUGAUGUCUUUGCCUCUUCAUCUGGAGCCUUUUGUGACGCAGGAGGACCCGGCGCUGGAAAUGGCCUUGCAUGCCGGGAAGCUGCCUUUCCCACCAGAACAAGGUGACGAUCUUCCUGAGCUGGACAACACUGCAGAUUACUGGCUGGGCUCCAUUGCUCGUGCAACCAUGCAGACCUACUGCGAUGCCAUUUUGCGUAUUCCCCAACUGAGCCCACAUUCCACCAAACAGCUGGCCACAGAUAUUGACUAUUUGAGCAACGUGAUGGACGCCCUGGGCCUGCAGCCCUCCCGCAGCCUGCAGCACAUCGUCACGCUGCUGAGGGCUAAGCCGGACGACUACAGACAGACGGCCAAGCUGCUGCCUCGCCGGAUAGCGUCCACCAUCGCUGCGCUGCGGGGCAUCGACUACUGACACCAGCGGAGUCAGAGCAGGCCUCCGCGGGAGCCAUCAUCCCCCAGCAGGACUUGAGACUUCUUAUUCUGUAAGGAAUCAGAAGAAUGUGACAUUUAUAUCUGCUGGUUUACAUGUUACUUGCGAUUUUCACCGAGGGCUCUGUCUUGCUAAAGCAUUUCCGUUGGGAAGCUAAACGUGUGGGCGUGGGAAUGUGUAGACAUUAAUGUCGGGUGUCCCUGUCUUUUUCCCUGAUAAUGUUAAUCUCAUUUUUACUCAAGUGAUAUCUCACCAGGCAAGGGAAAAAGUAAAUUCAGCCUAAUAAUCCUUUUUUAUUUAUGCGUAAGAUCUUGAGGGGCUGGUGAAAUUUCAAGGCAUUUAAACCCUGUGUUUUCAAUCUAUCACUGGAAUAUAACUGAUCUGGGCUGUUAAAUUAUUCAGAGGUAAUAUUUGUGGUUUGAGCUGGAUUGUUUCUUCAUUAAAUCUCACUUUCAGAUAACCCUUAAAGUAAAGGUUUGGGUGGGGGGGUGUUCUUAUUUGUUCUACUGGGUGAGUAAUCUGGUAGAUUUUUUUGUAUUUUUCAUGCAGUAUCAGAAGGAUUUUCUGAAAACAUUAAAACUUUUUUUUACACACUAAAGUUCUUCUAUUUUGUUGAACAUGCAACCUUUUAGAAAAACUCAUGUGUGGGGAACUCUGUCUCGAUGUUGGAGAAAUAGAAGUGUGAAACUAUUGGCCCCUUUAAAGUCAUAUACCCUCCUAUAUUUACCUUUAAAGUUAUCCAUGACCCAUUUCU